AUGGUGCGUCGAACUUCAGCGCGCAAGGGUAGGAAAACUGCUACUAAUACCAGCAACGUCAAGUCCAAUGCUACCUCUAAAAAUAUCAAACGUCGAAGUAAAGGCAUUAGUAUCCAGUCUAAUGACGUAUUUAGUGACGAUGAAGAAAAAGCCGCGCAUCAGGAACGCACGAUGAACGCACGGGCCGACGUGAAUGAAGUUUUCGAGUACGAAGAGCCGACAUUUGACCAGGAAGAUUCCGAAGUGGAUGAAGAUGAAGCGUUUAAUAGUGAAGAUGAGGCAGCCUAUGGACUAUUUUUUAAUGGGACAAAGGGCAAAGAAGAAGAAGGAGGAGGAGGAGAAGAAGAAGAAGAAGGAGGAGAUUUACUUUCGGACCUUUUAGGUACUGCACCUGCUGCUAGACUUGUUAGUAUCAGUGAAGAAGAAAAAGAAGGAGAAGAAGAAAAGAUUAAGAAUUUGAGCAAGAUGGUGGACAGUUUGGUCGAGCACAAGAGCACCAAGAAGCUCAUUGAGAUCGACUCGCAGUUUGCCAAUGAAGCUGUAGACGGAGAGCUGACACUCGGCAAUCUUUUGGGUGCACAGAUGGUGAAACCUGGAGCGGAGACUGCUGAGGAGGAUAACAAGGAGGCUCAGGAGAAGACCAAGCUAGGACUAGACUUGAGACGCAUGAGACAGCAGAUUAGGGAACUUGAAGGAGAUGGCAUGACGCUUACACUCGAGGCCAAUCGGGAAGCGGUGCAUGAUGCACGUGCGCAACGUAAAUUGGCCUAUAUGGAAAAGACUAAGAGCGUGGAUCUUUUUGAGCCGGUGGUGCGUCGCAACAGACAGAAGGAGACGCUGGAUUUGCGUGUUCAGGCCCCAAAACUUGAGAAGUUGACACCUGCAGCGUUGGCGAGCAAGUUUGUUGCACAGACAGACAUGGAAAAGAGCGUCGCGGCUUUGUUGGAGGCUGGCGACUUGAGUGACAAGAAGCAAGCAAAAGGUGAGGAGGAAGAGCUUGCGCGUAAGCACGUGUCGACGGAGGAAGUGGCUGCGCGGCAGAAAGAGCUUGCGAAACUGAGGUCGCUGCUAUUUUAUGAGGAACAAAAGAAGAAGCGUGUUAAAAAGAUAAAGAGCAAGUUGUACCACAAGAUUCGUAAUGCGCAGGACAAGAAGACCGUGGCAAGACAAAAGGAAGAGCUGCGUGCUUUGGACCCGGAGUUAGCUCGUAAGCUUGACGAGGAGCUGGCGGAGAAGCGAGCGGAGGAACGAUUAACUCUCAAGCAUCGCAACACAAGCAAGUGGGUGAAGCACCAGCUUCGCCGUGGUACUCAAGCUGACGAUGCGACGCGUAGUGCCAUUGCCGACCAGUUGCGUCGUGGUGAGGAAUUGCGCCGCAAGAUCAAUACGGUGUACAGUGACGAGGAUGAUAUGGAUGAUGAUGAAGACAAUUGUGAAGAGGAUGGUGUUUCGCGUCUACAGAAGCGUUUAGAAAGGCAAGCGAAUGCUUUGGUCUCGGAAAUUGACGCAGAUUCUGAGGAGGCUGGCAAUAAACGAGGUCUACAAGGAAUGAAGUUCAUGCAGCGCGCAGCCGAAAAGCAGCGUGAGGAGGCGCGUGCUGAGGCUGAGAAGCUUCUUCGUGAGAUUCGCACUGGCGACGGUGCCGAUGGCGAUCGUAUUCUUUCAGAUGGUGAGGACUAUCUUAGCUCCGGCGACGAAGGUUUUGCUGCGAAGAAGAACAAACGUGUCAAGAAGCUGAAGAAGAAGGUGGUGGUGACAGAAGCGGACAAGGUAGCCGUUGACCUUGCACUGGCUGGAAGUGCACUCCAAACGACCAACGUAAGCAUGAGUGGCGGCAUGUCGACCCAUACCUCAGGCGUGGUUGCGGUUGACCUUGGCGAAGGUGGUAGCAGUGUCGCGCUUUCGAACGGAGACAAGAAGCAGAGCAAGGAGUUGGAGCUUGGUGUCAAGACCCUUGAUCAGAAAGCUAUCAAUGCUGCUUCUGAGUCCCAGUCAAAGGUUGAGUCAGCAGAAGACGCUGACAUGGAGCCGGCUGCAGAGGGUGAAGAGAACCCGUGGCUGUCGACUGAUACGAAGAGCAAGUCUCGUAGCAAGAAGAAUAGGAAGAAAUUGCAACAGAAGAAAGAAGGUGCGCAACCGGACGUGGCGGCAGCUAUCGCGUCUCUUGAUCAAGACACGAAGAAGACAAGUAACGAGGAUUCCUCUUUUGCCACACUUACUAACGACACCGCAAAGGUGUCGAAGAAUGGCAAGAAGCGAAAGUUGGAUCAGGUCAGUAAUGAAGUUGCCAGGGAGCCCGAGCACACAGUGUCUGGCAACAACAAGAAGAAGAAAAACAAGACGACACCGAAAAGUGUGCAACAUGCUGGUCAGGAUGAACUUGUGCGUCGUGCAUUCGAAUUUGUCGCCGAUGAAGAGGACGUGCUUGCUCAGGAGAAAGAUCGAUUGGCUGGCCGGGAUGCUGACGCGAAGAAGGGUAUCGAGAUUGCUAAGCUCGUGGGUAUGUCUGGAUGGGGUAGCUGGGCAGGCGAUGGCGUGCGAGUGUCGAAGCAUCAAGUUGCGCGUGAGCAGAAAGCAAAGAAUAUUGCGCGUGAGGCCAAGCAAAAGGCUCUGGCUGGCCGCAAGGAUGCUCGUCUUGACAAGGUUUUGAUUAAUGAGAAGAAGGAUAAGAAGGCUGCCAAGUUUAAAGUCAAGGAUGUACCGUACCCAUUCACAUCGCGGGCGGAAUACGAGGCUGCAAUGCGCAAUCCCUUGGGCAGCGACUGGAACACUUCACAGGUGACGAAUGUGCUGACGGCUCCCAAGAUCAUGAAACAUGCUGGUACGACGAUCGCUCCGCUCGUGCUGACGAAGGAGGACCGGAAGCAGGCAAAGAAGGAAUUGAGCUUGAAACGCAAGGCCAAGUUUUGA